AUGUCCGACAUCAAGUCGCCAUCACUCGUCGAGGCCGACCCGACGCCGGUCACGCCCGUCAAGCGCAGCUUCUAUCGCACGACCUGGUGGGCCGCGCUCGCGCUCGGCGUCUGCAACUUCUGCGCGCCAGGAAUCUGGGGCGCGAUGAACUCGCUCGGCGCCGGUGGAGCGGCGACGCCCUUCCUCGUCAACGCCAGCAACGCGCUCACUUUCGGCCUCAUGGUCGUCACGGCCUUCCUCACGUCGACCAUUACGCGCUACAUCGGCGUCCGGUGGACGCUCUUCUUUGGCGCAGCCGGCUAUGCGCCGUACGCUGCGGGCCUGUACUGCAACAACCGGUUCGGCAACGAGUGGUUCCUCCUCCUCGGCGCUGCACUGUGCGGCAUUUCGGCCGGCACGUUCUGGGGCAUUGAGGCGGCCGUCGCUAUGUCCUACCCUGAGCCCGAGAACCAGGGCAAGUUCCUCGGAUGGUGGCUGUCCUUCCGCGUCGGCGGGCAGAUCCUCGGCGGCGCCAUCAACCUCGGGCUCAACUCGAACCGCAGCGAGGCCGGCGCCGUCAAUCCAAAAGUCUUCCUUAUCUUCAUCGCUCUACAGGCGGCGGGACCGUUCACGGCCUUCUUCCUGCCGCCGCCGCACAAGGUCCAGCGCACCGACGGCCUCGCCGUCAAGCUCUUCGUCGACAACCCGAUCCUCGUCGAGCUCAAGGAGACCGCCAAGCUCUUCUUCAGCAAGCGUUUCCUCCUCAUCGUGCCCCUCAUCUCCCAGGCCGUCUUCAGCGAGUCGUUCAACUCGACGUUCCUCACGCUUCACUACACGGUGCGCGCACGUGCGCUCGGCAGCUUCCUCUCGGCCGUCGUCAGCAUCAUCGCCGGCAACCUGUUCGGCCUCGCCCUCGACAGCAAGCGGUUCAACCUCCAGCAGCGCGCUCGCGGCGCCUUCUUCCUCGUCAUGGGCCUCCAGGGUGCAUGGUGGACGUGGAGUAUUGUUGUCAACAACGAGUUCCGCAAGACGGGCGCCGUGUACGACUGGAAUGACGCCGGGUUCGGCAAAGGGUUCGGCUCGUACUUGGCCAUCGCCGCCGGUUUCCAGCUCAACUACAUGUUCCUCUACUUCGUCUGCGGCACUCUCGUCACCGAGCCGGCCGACAUCCUGCGCAUCGGAGGCCUCCUGCGUGCCACCGAGUCCGCAGCGCAGGCCGUAAGCUACGGCCUCAACUCGCUGCCGGCCUUUCAGGACAUCGGCGCCUCGUCGCUCAAUUUCGCCUUGUGGGGCGUCAGCCUCGUCCCAGCGUGGCUCGUCAUCCGCAAGAUCGGCGUCGAGUACUUCGGGCGUGCCGAGAAGGAGCGGCGCGAGCGGGCAGGGCUCGAAUCGAGCGCGGCGAGCGUGGGCUCGAGCGAGAAGCUGUCGCUCUAG